AUGGGGAGCCUCCGCCCCAACACGGGGCGUGCCGAUAGGGUCUGUCCCCGUUGGCCUCCGGUCCAGAGCCUGAGCCCAGAGAUGGCCCCGCGUGGAGCGGCGCGGAUUCUGCCCCUGGUGUUUGCCUUAGCCGCAGUGGCUUUAGUGUCCUGGGCACGGGAGCCGCGGGGUGCGCUCUGGCCUGGGCAGGGCUGCGCGGCGCUGGGCCGCUGCUGCCCUGGUCGUGACCCGACCUGCGCCGCCCCGGGACCCCCGCGCUGCUUCUGCGAUCAGGCGUGCGGCGCGGUGCGGGACUGCUGUGCUGACUACGCGCGGGCCUGCCCAGCCGUCUCCUGUGUGGUGGCAGAGUGGAGUGCCUGGAGUCGCUGUGUCAAGCCCUGUCAGAUCUCCUACCGUGUUCGCCAGAGGCAUGUCCUGCAGGAGCCAAGGAACGGGGGUGCCCUCUGUCCCCCUCUGGAAGAGCGAGCUGGCUGUGUGGAGUACCGCAGCCGCCAGGGAGUGGAGUGCCAGCAGUCCUUGAUCCCUGCCCUGAUAACCACAGGCAGCUAUGGGAAAGAGCGGAAAAAGCGAGGUGUCCCCAAGGAGCAGGAGUUAGUAGGGUAUUGUGUCCAGUUCCGGCUGGGGCCCAUUCCAGGGAGCUGUCGGCAGGUGAGGGCGCCACAUGCCCAGUGGACGAGAUAUCUGACCCAGGGCCACAUGGUCUGUGUGAGGUGUGAGUGGCCUGCCCAGGACACCAGGAGCCAACGCUGCUAUGGCGACGGCGGUGGGGCCGGAGGGAACCAGCUGUUGCUGUGGCAAGCCGCCGGCCACCCCCGGUGCCGAGGGACCUGGGAGAGGCUUGGGCAGCUCCAGGACUGUUCUUGCCCCGAGGUCCACAGCCUCGUCUUCAUCUAGCGCCAUGGCCCUCUAACUUUCUAGACCCCUUCUUUCCAAAGCCUUCCGGGAUGGCAGGGAACCCCCGCCACUCCAGGGCUUGGGAUCUUACAGGACCAUGGAGUGGGAAGAAGUCUGCAAAUUUGAGACUAAAGCAACAAGCCUUAUUAUGUUGACACUGAAAAUAGCUUUAUGUUUCCACUCGGCGCCAGCUGAGUCAUAGCCUUGCUAACAUCUCCCUCCAGUUCAGGGCUUCCCAAAUGUCAUCUCCUCAACAUACUCUGGUGGCUUUUGCCUUGUUCUUCUUACCUGUAUGCUUACUUUUUUUCUUUUUUCUUUUUACUCUCCAUUCCCCCACCCUUUUAUUUUUGUUUUGUUUAAAUAAAUUUAUUUUAAAAGGCAGCUUAUACUUAAAUACAUGUGUUUAAAGAAGAAACGUUUUAUCACAACUAGAAAGGAAAAGAAAUAAUAGUAGCAAACAUUUAUUAAGUACCCACAGUGUGCCAAGUGCUGUCCGGCCCUUUACACAUAUUGACUUAUUGGAUCCUGAGUUAGGUGCAAUUAUUAUCCCUAUUCUACAUGUGAGGACAUUGAGGCACAGAGAGGUUAAGCCACUUGCCCAAGGUCACACAGCGGGUGAGCGGCAGAGUUGGGUUUUGAAACCCAUGAGCUACAUCUACUGCUAAGAUUCCCUACACUAGUAGUAUAUCAGCAUCACCAGGGCAGGGUUUUGGGUCUGUCUUGUUCCCUACUUUGUCCCCUAUGCCUAGACCAGUGCCUGACAUGUAAUAAUGCUCAAUAAAUAUUUGUUGAUUAAAUGAAUGAAGAGAUGAAUAAGCAGUUGCCUUAAUUAGAAAGCAAUCAGAAAAUUGAAUACAAUGGAAACCAAACGGGUUAGGUAUUGUUACCUGACCAAGAUGCUAAGCAUGAAGCCUGCUCUCUCCUUGUUCAAACAAGAAAUGAGCGUGUGUUUGAGAGACAGUAAGGACACACUGGUAUUUAAUGGAGGCUUGGUCCUUGACAAAUUAGAAGAAUUACAUGAGACUUGAAAGGGGGCUAAUUUUCUUCCCUUGGGAGUCAACUGUUAACAUAUUUUUAAGGGCUUUAUUGAGAUAUAAUUCACAUAACAUAACAUCCACUCAUUUAAAGGCUACCAUU